AUGUCCUUUCCUUCUCCUCUUUCACUCUCACACAGUCACACUGUCCUUCCGACACACACUCUCAAGCAAUUUAGAUCUGUGUCUACGACUCUUCCCAAAGACCCGGUUUGCUUGGAGCUAGAGCUGAUGGCAGCAGUGGAUGCUGAAAAACCUCUCACUGGACAAAUUACUUGUGGUUCUUUACUACAGCAGUUGCAGCAAAUCUGGGAUGAAGUUGGUGAGAGUGAUGAUGACCGAGACAGAAUGCUCCUUCAGUUAGAGCAGGAGUGCUUGGAUGUGUACAAGAGAAAGGUUGAUCAUGCCGUGAAAUCAAGGGCACUCCUUCUUCAGACACUGGCAGAUGCUAGAGUUGAACUCACCAAUCUCCUGUCAGCACUUGGAGAGAAGAGUUAUGUUGGAAUACCUGAGAAGACUUCAGGAUCUAUCAAGGAACAGCUUGCAGCUAUAGCACCUGCAUUAGAAAAACUAUGGAAACAGAAAGAUGAGCGGAUGAAAGAUUUUUUUGAUGUCCAGUCUCAAAUACAAAAGAUAUGCGCUGAAAUUGCUGGGAUUAGUGGGCAGGAGGAGAGUCCUGCAGUUGAUGAGUCUGACCUAUCCCUGAAGAAAUUAGAUGAAUUUCAUGCUCAGCUCCAAGAACUGCAAAAAGAAAAGAGUGAGAGAUUGCAUAAGGUCCUUGAGUUUGUGAGCACUGUGCAUGAUCUUUGUGCCGUCCUUGGCUUGGACUUCUUCAGUACUGUCACUCAAGUUCAUCCAAGUUUGAAUGACUCUGCAGGUGUACAGUCUAAAAGCAUAAGCAAUGACACACUGGCUAGAUUGUCAGAGACUGUCUUAUCACUAAAAGAAGAUAAGAAGCAGAGGUUAAAGAAGCUUCAAGAAUUAGCAACUCAGUUCGUUGACCUCUGGAAUUUGAUGGACACCCCUGAAGAAGAACGAAGCUUGUUUGAUCAUGUUACUUGUAACAUUUCAGCUUCGGUGGAUGAAGUUACCGUUCCUGGGGCUCUCACUCUGGAAAUCAUUGAGCAGACCGAAGUGGAAGUUGAGAGCCUUGAUCAGCUAAAAGCUAGCAGAAUGAAGGAAAUUGCUUUCAAGAAGCAGGCCGAGCUCGAGGAGAUAUUUGCCCAUGCUCACAUUGAGAUUGAUACAGAGGCUGCUCGAGCUAAAAUUUUGGAACUCAUUGAUUCUGGGAAUUUAGAGCCUGCAGAUUUAUUGACUGACAUGGAUAAUCAGAUAGUGAAAGCAAAAGAAGAGGCUUUGAGCAGAAAAGAUAUAUUGGAUAAGGUCGAGAAGUGGAUGUCAGCUUGUGAAGAAGAAAGCUGGCUUGAAGACUACAAUAGGGAUGAGAACCGGUACAAUGCUAGCAGAGGUGCACACUUGAAUUUGAAGAGGGCUGAAAAGGCUCGAAUCUUGGUCAACAAGAUUCCAGCUCUUGUUGACUCGUUGGUGUCAAAGACCCGUACAUGGGAACAAGAUCAUGGCAUAACAUUUGCUUAUGAUGGUGUUCCACUCCUUGCCAUGCUAGAUGAGUAUAUACUGCUCAGACAUGAUAGGGAAGAGGAGAAGAAGAGGAUGAGGGAUCAGAAAAAGUUCCAGGAGCAGUUGACUAAAGAACCAGAAACUGUGUUUGGUUCAACACCAAGCCCAGCUCGACAGCCGAGUGCCAAGAAGGUAGUAGGUCCACGAGCAAAUGGGAGCACUAAUGGGACCACUAACAGACGACUUUCUCUUAACGCCCAUCAAAAUGGUUCCAGGUCGAUUAACAGAGACAGGAAGAGGGACUCCACCCCAGCUGCUCCUGUGAACUAUGUCGCAAUGUCAAAAGAGGAUGCAGCGUCUCACAUUUCUGCGACAGAGCCUGUUCCAAGUACACCAUAA